UGGUCCUUAAACUGGAACGCCGACGUUUCGCUCGGCGAAGUCAACAGUCAAAACCCCUAACCCCUCCGUCGUCGGUCUAAAGCUCCGUCUUUUCUCUUUUUCACGUAGAAAGGAGAACAGGAACACACGGACGGUCCACCGAACUGGUCCGAGGAGGAAGCAAUGGCGUCGAAGUUGCUUCAGUUGCAGAAGAAGGUGGCUCAGGCAACUCAAUAUGCCACGAAGCAUGGAAAUGCCUACUACAAGCAGUUGAUGGAGCAGAACAAGCAAUAUGUUCAGGAGCCACCCAGUGUGGAGAAGUGCCAACUGUUGUCCAACCAAUUGCUUUACACUCGUCUUGCCAGCAUCCCUGGUAGACGUGAGGCAUUUUGGAAGGAAGUAGAUUAUCUCAAGCAACUAUGGAAGAACAAGCAGGAGCUGAACAUUGAGAAUGCUGGCAUAGCUGCUUUGUUUGGUUUUGAGUGUUUUGCCUGGUUCUGUGCUGGUGAGAUUAUUGGAAGAGGGUUUACAAUCACGGGAUAUCAUGUCUGAAAGAAAUUGCUUUGGUAAUAAAGGAUCUAGUACUUCCAGUUUAGAUUUCCAUAAGUGGGUGAGUUAGGUCACCGAUAGGGUCUCCAGUGCGAGAUUUUUCUUUUAUAUACUUUUGAGCUUCAGUGUAGACAAAUCUUUGCUGUGGCAUUAACACAUUAGUUUAGUCUUAUGUACUUCCCAUCUCAAA